ACACUUGUCGCGGGCAAGGGCGGACGUUGCAAGGCCCGUAGGCAGCAGAGCGGCAUGUCUGGGACGGGCAAGAAGAAGACUAAGAAGAGCAAGGCCUCGCGGUUCGCCACCCAGGCCAUUCCGCCUUUCCGACCCAAGAAGAGCGGGGCGGGCGGCGAUCGAGGCAGCUCCGGCGCGGGGGCAGGCAGCGGCAGCGCAGCAGGCGGCACGGCUGCUGCAGGCGGCGACGGCGGUUCCACCACGAGCGGGCACAAGGCCGGAGGCCAUGGCUUUGCCGCCGGUGCUGCUCCUGCUCCUGCGGCGGGUGGGACGGCCGGAGCGGCCAAAAACAAGUCCAAGAAAAAAACAGGCCCCUCGGCACCCGUUGCUGCCUUGCUGGCCAUGGACGCCGACCUCGAGCUCGACGCCAUUCCGGGCGGCGUGCUCUCCACCACCGAGCCACUCUCAGAGGACUCUGAGUCGGACGAGGGCUCGGCCGACUACAAGAAGGGCGGCUACCACCCGGUGGACAUUGGACACACGUUCAACUCGCGGUUCCGGGUUGUGCGCAAGCUCGGAUGGGGCCACUUUUCGACGGUGUGGCUGGCGCUGGACGAGGACUCGGGCCGGUAUGUGGCGCUCAAGAUUGUCAAGUCGUCGCCGCACUACAUGGAGGCAGCGGAGGAUGAGGUGAAGCUCCUUGCCCGUGCGUCUGAGCACGAUGUGGGCGGCAAGCAGCCUGUGGUGCACCUCAUCGACCACUUUGUGCACUACGGCCCGCACGGCAAGCACGUGUGCAUGGUCUUUGAGGUCCUCCACUGCAACCUGCUCCGGCUCAUCAAGCAGUCCAACUACAAUGGGCUCCCACUGGACAUUGUGCGGCGAAUUGCCAAGCAGGUCCUCGAGGGCCUUGCCUUUCUCCACGACGAGUGCGGGAUUAUUCACACGGACCUCAAGCCGGAGAACGUGCUGCUCACGAUUUCCGAGGAGGAGCUUCAGGAGAUGGCGGCCACGCCGCCAAACCUGGCGCACGUGCGUGGGUUCGGCCGGCGGCGCGACCGCAAGCUGCGGCGCAAGCAGUCCAAGGCCAAGAAAGAGAAGAACAAGUCGAAUGCGUCACUCAACGGCAAGGGCGGCGACGGCGAGCGUGCGACGCGCGGAACCGAGGCGACGCGGGCGUCCGAGGACGCGGCGGCCGAGGGUGCGUCGGCAUCCGAGUCGCGGUCGCCGUCCAAGAAGCGACGGAAGGAGGUCAAGGUCGACCUCUCGACCAAGGUCAAGAUUGCGGAUCUCGGCAACGCGUGCUGGGUCGACAAGCACUUUACCGACGACAUCCAGACGCGCCAGUACCGGGCACCCGAGGUCAUCCUCGGCGCUGGCUACUCGACCAAGGUGGAUGUCUGGUCGCUGGCUUGCAUGAUUUUUGAGCUCUGCACGGGCGACUUUCUGUUCAACCCGCACUCGGGUGGCUACUACUCGCGUGACGAGGAUCACUUGGCGAGGCUGAUUGAGACACUGGGUCCCAUGCCCCGCGCAGUCGCUACUCGUGGCAAGUAUGCGCGGGACUUUUUCACCCGCCGCGGCGAGCUGCGCAACAUCCGCAACCUGCGGGAGUGGCGCAUCCACGCCGUCCUCCGCGAAAAGUACGGCUGGCCGCUCAAGGAGGCCGUCGCCCUCUCGUUCUUCCUUCAGCCCAUGCUCGAGUUUGAUCCCAAGUCGCGCGCCUCGGCCGCAGACAUGCUCAAGCACCCCUGGCUCUCCCAGUCGACCGGCGACGCCGGCCCGGCACCGGCCCCAGAAACCGCCGACUCGGCCGGCCCGACCCAGCCGCAAUCCGCCGACGACGGCCCGUCCGAUGACGCCGCGGCUUCGUCCACCGCCGCCUCCUCCUCGGAGGCUGCUGCGGCAACGACGGCUGCCACCAGUGUCUCAGCCGCCAAGAAUGAAUGACCUAGCUCCCCCC